AUGCUGCAGCCAACGAUUAAUAAAUUUCUGCAAGACAAGCCAAAAGCAGUCGACAUUGAAGGCGGCUUCCAAUCAAUUGGAGACAAGGUAGCCAACAACAAGUACCAGAGCGAGUAUGACUUCCAAUUGGACAUUCUCGACCUGAUCUCGUCGGCUCACGAUGGCCACUUUGUCUUCCGGGGCGAUAUGUUCAAAACAUUCAGUUUUCGGAACGGUCUAGUCACUGAUGUGGUCUCAAUAUCUCGCGACGGGGUCGAGGUUCCCAAGUUAUACCAUCUCAAGCAACUUCGCCAGAACGCAUCCGCACCAGCCAUUACUAAGAUCAACGGCAAAGAUGCCAACGUCUUUAUUGCAGACCUGAACCUCAAGUACAGUGGUCUUCAAGAUCCUGACUCACAGUGGAAUUCCCAGUUCAAUUCAUACGCAACCAAGCAGAAUUCUAUGAUCUUAGCUGCCUCGCCCAUUUUUCAAGGCCCGAUGCUCACUCUGACAUAUGAAAAUGGCGAGGAGCGCUCUGAAGAAAGUGUUGCUGUUAUCCGUCCGGGCACCAACUUUACCGACAUAAAGAACGGCGAGGACUACUACAACAAAUUCUGCAAUCCUGUUAUGGUCUCUACGAACGUACUGUCCGAGGCAUCGAACAUAAGGACGCAAUCGAUAGCCAAGAGCCCAAUGGCGCUGUCGCCGAUGGUCACGCCUAUAGACGGCUAUCCGGUCCCUGAAGUUCGGGACAAGGGCAUCAACGCGACUGCAGGGUAUUUUCUGAACGGCACUGGAUAUGACGACGUAGCUGUACUAGCUGUGUCUUCUUUUGCGCCGCCGGAGACGGUCGACAGCUUUGCAUACCUCAAUGACUUUCAACAAACGGUUGAGAAAUUCCUGGCCGCCAGUCAAAAGGCUGGGAAAAAGAAACUUGUCAUCGACGUCACUGCCAACGGCGGUGGCUUCAUUCUUGCCGGAUUCGAUUUGUUCGCCCAACUUUUCCCUACUGUCAGCCGCUUCCAGGCAAACAAUUUGCGCCUUCCACCCAGUGUCAAUACUCUCGCGCGGCUCGCUGCUUCUAUUCCUGCGGACUUCAAACCCAAGACCCCCGAAGAGAAUAAGGCUCUGGGCAACCUGCGCGGAAGUCCUAUUCUCAGCAAUCUCCUCCCAAAAGGCGUGUUCACACCAGAUCGCGUAGCCUUCACUUCUUUGGAGCAGGUUCUACGCCCUGUUGUAUUGAACGGCGACAACUUUUCUGCUUACCAGCAGAUCCCAAUGGAUCAACCAGAUCCUCUCUUUAACCUCACUGGAACCGGCCCCCGGACUAACCCGCCUGCGAGUGUUUUCACUCCGGAAAACAUCGUCCUCCUCACGGACGGUACCUGUGCAUCUACUUGUACCAUCUUUUCAUAUCUCCUCAUACUCCAGAUGGGCGUGAAGACUGCGGUGAUGGGGGGUCGGCCUCAGACAGGGAUAAUGCAAUCGAUCGCAGGCGUCGAAGGUGCCCAGCUCUUUUCAUAUAACGACAUAACUAUCGAUGCAACAUCCGCUCUACUGUUAGCGCCCGAGAAUCAGAAAGCUGAGCUACAAAACGGCGAUCUUGGUGAGCUAGCUAAAGCAUACGCCAUAAAACGCGCCGCGAACCCCAAAGCCGCCGGCGCCGUUAACGGUAAAAACGCUUUCGCCAUGUCCAACGCCACGGUACCGUUGCAAUUCCUCUGGGAGCCUGCAAACUGCCGGUUGUUUUACACAUACGAGACACUUACCCAGCCAGAGGCUGCCUGGAAACGUGUCGUCGAUGUGACGUUCAACAAUCGCCCGCAGCUGUGUGUUGCCGACAGCAUUGUGCCGGCUAGCAAGCCAGCUACAGUCGACCCCUCUUUCCAGCAGAGCGCGAAGGAUUUGGGCCUCAGCAAAGGUGGAUAG